AUGACACUACGCAUUCUUCAGACUGACAAUGACAAGAUAAACGCCCCCGACCAGCAAUACUUUGUACAGGAGAAUUGGCCAGCAAUACGACUCGACCUUUCCGACUACGAGAUAGAUCCUGGUGCAUACAAAGAGAAUGACGCCGCCGCCGCUGACGAUCAGGAAGUGGAGCGGUGGCAGCGCACACAUGCGGAAGACGACGAGGAGGCAACGUACGAGGCAGCUGGUCAGCUUGGCUCGCACGCCACCAGGGUGCCCUUCAUGGAUUUGUUCAUCCAGGACUAUCUUGACGAGUACAACACGAGUGCAAUGACGAGUACCUAG